AGAGAAGAAGAUCAUUAGUUGCCAUCAGUUUUAAUGUUGGUUCAGGUCUUCUAAUAUUUAGCAAUCUAUUUUGCCCAUGACUCUUGCAAAAAUGAUAUAGAAAGCUCACCCUAAUUAAAUGAAAUAAGGUAAGGAAGUGUAAUUACUUAGAGGAAUGAACUAACUCAAAAGUGAUUACACUUACUGUAGGUCAGGCAACUCUUUGAUAUGUCAUUUAUGCUUUGAGAAGCUUAUUAACUUUCUUAGGUUUCAUCAGCUCAGAUAAUAAUGAGAUACACAGGAGCAAAUCACUUGCUGAACCAAAGUUACAGGCUGUUCCCUGUUUGAGUUAACUCUGGUCAUACGCAGACCUGAUACACAGGUCCCAGCAAAAACAGCUGCUGGAGUGAGAGUUAAAUUCCUGUCUUCCCCAUCUACACAUUUCUGUAUUGUUCAUGUGGCAAUUGGCAUGAUUCAAAGGAAUUCUGGGGAAUUUGUGGGGCACUGGAUGACCAUAACUAAACGAUGUCUGUACCACGUGGAGCUGUCCAUGCAAAAUGGAUAGUGGGGAAAGUAAUAGGAACCAAAAUGCAGAAAACUGCCAAAGUGAGAGUGACAAGGCUUGUGCUAGAUCCUUACUUGCUAAAGUUCUUUAACAAACGAAAAACCUAUUUUGCCCAUGACCCGUUGCAGCAGUGUGUUGUUGGAGACAUUGUUCUUCUGAAGGCUUUGCCUGAGCGAAGGAGCAAACAUGUGAAACAUGAACUGGCUGAAAUUGUUUUCAAGGUUGGAAAAGUCAUAGAUCCAAUAACAGGGAAACCCUGUGCAGGAACGAGAUUCCUUGAAAAUCUGUCCGAUUCGGAAAAUCUGACAGAGGCAGAUACUACCUAUCUCAGUGAAAAACUUCAGGAACUUAAAGUUUGUUCAACAGACAAAUAGUGGGGGAAAUAUUUAAACAGAGGGCCCUGCUGUUGUAUGUUACAUGUUUCAGUGAGAUCUGUAGUCCAAAUAAACAGUAAACGUAGUUGCUUAUAAGAAGAGAUGUUACAGAUCGAUAGGCACCUCAAAUCUUUAAAUUAAAAUACAAAGAAAACCUGAGUUUAGAGUUAACACUUCAUUUUGCUGCAUGUAGUUUUGCCCCAAGCCUUGAGAGUUCCAAAAGCCAGCUGCUCACCUGGAAUGACUUCUGUAUUGAGAAAGACAAGAAUAUAAGUGUAUAAUGUUUAGGUUUGGUGGGAGGGUUGUUCUACUAUUUGAUUGUUGUUAUUUCAGACAGUCUUUUGUGGUUUGUGGGAUUACUUAAGAUAAUUCUAUUAAAUUUUAAUUUAAAAGGAAGUGUAGAAUUUUAAAACCAGCUACCUGCACAUGUCCUCAUUUCCUCUUACGGUUGCUCAUACCACAUUGCAGUAUCUUCUGACUUCCAAAACCUCUAACUCUCUCUCAAAAACACUGUCACUUGUCUUUAUAAUGGCAGUAAGGUGAGGAUGAAAACUUUGGGUAGCUUAGCAUGCUUGCCUUUGCAACCUGUCCAAAGGAAGUAUUUAAUUCUGGAGAGAUGGGUCUCUUUGGGCUGCCAACAGGAAGUAGAAGCUGAUGGGAAUACAAAGCUGAAAAAGCAGAUGUAAAGAUAGUUAGAUUUAGUCUUGCCAGAAAAGCUAAUUAAAACAACACAUCUUGGGAGAGGUACAGGUGCUGAUUUGUUGCAUACUUUAAUAUAAAACUAGAAGGCCUUAGCAGUUAAUGAUUAAAGAUAACUUAUCCUGCUACAGCUCAGGGAGUCUUGUAUCCUGUCUUCCAGGACAUAAAGCAAACCAAGAGUGUGUGGCUCUUCCAGUAGCUUUGUGUUGCCAACUGUUUGUUCAGAUCUAAAGGGGCAUCUGCUUCAAAAUGCAGCACUGUGGGGACAGCAUUCCAUGUCCCUGUAUGGAGGGGAGAGUGGAAUAUCAAAGCUAUGAGAAAUCCUUUUUGAAGCAUCUGCCUCUGGAAUUGGUCGUUGUUUAAGAUCAGAAGCUAAGCAAGGUUUAUCUGAACGGACUUCCUCUGGCUUAAAAUAUCUUUCUUUAAGAAACUGA